UUUAGAGUACAGUACAUUUCUAGGGUUUAAAACCGGAACUGCCCCUUUACAGUUUUCCGCAAGCCAGAAAAGCGAGUCAGAUGGAGGUAGACAAAGUGGUGCAUUUGCCAAGGUUGUCCCGGGUCGCUGUGUGUGGCGGUACCCAUGGAAACGAGCUGUCUGGUGUGUACUUGGUGAGAGAGCUGCUGAAGGUGGAGAAGAAAGUGAAAGAGAAAGAGGAGGAAGAAGCAGAGCCUGUUUCAGUGCUGAUGGUGCUGUCAAACCCGCGGGCCAUGCAGCAGUGCCGCAGAUAUGUUGACACCGACCUGAACCGCUGCUUCACCCACGCCACCCUCAAUGGUCCUAUAUCAGACAUGGUGCCCUACGAGGUGAUCAGAUCCCGAGAACUGAAUGCUAUGCUGGGUCCCAAAGGAAGUCCAGAGGCGGUGGAUCUUGUUUGUGACCUCCACAACACCACUGCCGACAUGGGCCUGUGCCUUAUCGCGUACUCUGACUGCGAUUGGAUCUGCAUGCACAUAUUCAGACACCUGCAGAGGCAGAUGCCAGAUAUUCCAAUGAGGUACAUCCACUUUGAUGUCUCCAAUAAAGAAUCGUAUUCCCUUGAUUCAGUGGGAAAACAUGGCUUUGCGAUGGAGAUCGGCCCCCAACCUCACGGUGUGGUGAGGUCAAACAUCUAUACAGCAAUGAAAUUUGGCGUGCAGCACAUGCUUGAUUGGGUCCAUUUCUUCAACUCAGGUACUAUUUUUGAAGGAGGAUUCGUGGACGUGUUCACCAUGGUUAGACACAUCGACUACCCGAGAGACAGCGAGACUCAAAACAUCACAGCAGCCAUUCAUCCUCAACUCCAGGACCGAGACUUCUGCCUGCUCCACCCUGGAGACCCACUGUUCCAGACUUUCUCAGGUGAAACGCUGAGGUAUAAAGGCAAUACACCUCUUUAUCCUUUCUUUAUCAAUGAGUGUGCUUAUUACGAGAAGGGCAUCGCUCUCUCGUUGGCAAGAAAAAGGCGUGUGAUGAUUCCUGCAAUCCGAGUGCAGACAGAACAGGAACAACAAGCUAACCAACAGGGAUUUGCAUCAGAAGAAGAGUGAGGAUGGACUUUUAAAACACCCAACCUGAUGAGACUGAUGUACAAAUACAUUUCUUCAUUGAUUUAUUGAAAUGACAGCAGUUGCUUGGAACCCACAUUUGCUUGCUUACACUCAUACACAAUAUUUAAGUGAACAAUUAUUUACUGUUUCAGCUCACAACAGGAGAAUGAACAACACAUUCACUGUAGAUUCACAAAAGCACAGUCAUACAAUGACAUUUGCUUUUAUAUUUACGCUACAGUUGAUUCAGAGAUAAAUUAAAAGGCUGAAUUUGCAACAUAAUCUGAUUUAUCACCAGACCUUUUUGACAACACACAGUGCAUCAUUUUACAGACAUUCUGUAGUUUUAUGAAACCGUGUGACUGGUCGUAAUUUAUAUAUUUCUGGAGACAUAUUGCAUGGCUUUUAGGGUAAUAAUGGUGUUUUUUUCUGAAUGUCUUAUUUUUGGGACAUUUGCAUCAUCAAAAAAUUUAAAUUCAUUACUGACCACUACAGGAAUAUUCUGGAUAUGUUCAACAAUAUUUUAAGUGCAAAUGAAUACUGUAGCUUAUCACACUAUGGCCUUGAAAUUACAUUCAUAAUGCCUAUCAGGGAAACACACUUUCCCUUAAAUCCUGUUGAAUUGAAAUGGUGAUAACUAUCUAACUAAAAAUUAAGUAACCAAUACAAAUUAAAUAAAUAUAAACAACACAACUGAAUUCAUAAAAGGAUAUGGAAAGGAUUUUAUAUGAGCAUGUAAGGGCAACAACACAAAAUGAUGAAAAACCACUACUAUAUAGAAAAAAAGAAUCUUUUCUGCAAAAGCCUCUAUCAGUCAAAAUAUUAAAAAAAAUGUGCUUGGAAAUAGAAAUGAAAACCAUUCACAAACACGGUCUAUCUCACUGUACUCUUCAUUGACGUCCACAUUCCUCGACUAUGAAGCAGCAGAAGUAAAUAACUAAUUAUGCAACAGCAAUCCUCUGUUUGUCUUUUCCAUAAAUACCUUACGGUUACCUAAAAGGUUUUGUCUUGCCACGAUACUCAGGGUAUGUUCAGUACUGCUGGGCAUAUUUGUAAGUCCAACAAAGAGGAAUUGUCACCACACCCAAAUGGGUGAAUUUGGGUGUGUGAGACUGAAAAUGUCAACCAGACAAAAACAAACCAAUAAAAGAAAAAGGUGUGUCCCAAUACCAUACCACAUACUUAGUAUAGUAUAUAUACUGUUUGUAAUAAUAUCUAUAUUAAGCAGGAAAUAAUAUAAGAUGUGUGCCGAUGGACAUCCAUUAGUCAGAAGAUUUAAACACAUCUGCUUUUGUUUUUUGAUUUCCAAGAAAAAUCCCAAAGUGUCCACAUUUUGAUUAAAAAACAUUUUGAGUA